AUGCGCUCAAUCCUCAUCGUCCAGCCGAAUUCAACGAAGUCUAUGACCGACGCGCUCAAGCCGCUCGUAGAUCAACUGGGAUUCAAAGAUACCGCUUACGAAUACUUUACCGCACCAUCAGGGCCAAAGAGCAUCAAUAACGAAGACGAUGCCGCCGAAAGCGUGAAGCACUGCCUACCCGAGUUGGAGAAGGUGCUCAGCCAGCACGAUGGCUUUCUCGUGGCAUGCUACUCCAAACAUCCAUUGGUGCCGAUAUUGAAGGAACAGAAGGCCAUCAGAUCUGGCCGCAAGGCGGUCACUGGCAUCUUCGAGGCAAGUGUGAGCACAAGCCUGCAGAUUAUUCACCCAGACGAGAAGUUUGGUAUUGUGAGUACGGGCAAGGUCUGGGAGACGAUACUCUCUGAAGCUGUUGUGGACUUCCUGGGCACCGGAUCCGAUGCGGGCAAGCGAUUCGCUGGUGUGGAGACCACUGGUCUGAAUGCGACAGACUUGCACGAUGCGCCUCCCGAGGAGGUGCGCAAGCGUAUGAAAGAUGCGGUGAAGAGACUUUUGAAGAAUGGCAAGGUCGGCGCAAUUUGUCUUGGUUGCGCUGGCAUGGCAGGCAUGGAUACGAUGGUCCGGGAGGCUUGCGUUGAGGAGCUAGGUGCAGACGACGGGGAUAGGGUCAGGAUUGUGGAUGGCGUUGUAGCCGGUGUGGCAUGGCUCGAGGGCGCUGUGCGAUCAGGCUUUUAA